CUCCGUCGAGUCAAUCUCCCUAUUCCAUGUCUUGAGUUUUCUUCCGUGGAUUUUAAGAAGACUCAAGGCUCGGACUUGUCCGAUUCUGGUGCAAAAACUUCACUGAUCUGGUAUUGUCCUGUUGUUUGUCAAUGGUGAGUUCGUGGGGUUUUUCUUCCUCAUUUUCUUAAUUUGUUAAAGUUAUCUGGGUUAAAAUCUGUUCGUUUCGACUCUGUUCUACAGUCCUUUUGGUUGCUGCUCUGGGGUGUUUAGUUGCUGAAGUUACUCAAUUCAACCCUUAAAAAUUCUGGUGAGCACCUUCUUUUCUUGAUCAUUACCUCCGUUUUUCAGCCUUAAGAGCCCAUGUAAAGGCUCAGUUUCUGCCUCUUAAAUCUGGUUAAAUUCUGGUGUGUUUUAGGUGCUAGUUGCUGUCAUUUUCUGGUGCAUUAAGCUGCCGAAAUUCUGAUUGCGGUGAUUAUUGAAGCUAUAAAAGCUAAGAUACAGAAUUACAAUUCUUCUAUUGAGCAUUCAACCCAGUUGGUUGUUAUCUAGGUGAAAGUUCAGUUGCAAAAUCCGGUUUCUGAGUUAGAUCAGAAUUUGCAGUUUUCUGGGCCAAGGUCACCUCUGAGUUUUAGGGGCUGUUUCCCCUUUAUUUAGCUCAAAAUUUUCUGCUGGUUUCCUUUUAACACUCGAUAUAUUUCUUCUCAAUCUUGGACAUGGUUUCGUGCAGCCUUGAGUCCUGGGCAUACUUUGAAAUUUUCCAUGUAAAGACUUGGUGAGUAGCAACUCUUACAAUCUUAGUUUUAGUAUAAAGAUUCUGGGAAUAUUAGUUUGUUGAAGUAUGUUUUUGGUUGGCGAAUCAAGGGCUAUCCGGUGGUUAGAAAUAAUUGUUCUUGCAUAGUUGUUGGUGGAUAUUCCUCCUGCACUCUACCGAGUUUGUUCCUUCCAUGUUGGUGGGGUAAAAUAAUUGUGGGGCUACCGAAAGGUGAAAAUAAGGAGCUGUUUGGUUUAAUGGUGGGGAAGGUUUCUUGAUUGUCCUUUACAUUUUAGUCCUUGGUUUUUGCAUUAUUCUUGCUCUUUCGUGACGCAAGUCACUUUUGAGUGGGGUAUACCCUUGUUCUGUUAUCUAAUUCAAUUAUUAUCCCUUCAUUUGAUUUUCAAGAUUUUCCCAUUUGACAGAGUCAAGAUCACUAAAGAAAUUUAUCUCUUCAUCUAGGUCAUCACCCAUGUUAACUCCAGUUGUAUAAUUUUAAGAUUAAUCUUCUCCGUUUUUGUAUUCCUCAAAAUAAAGGUGUAACAGUUAAAUGUAGCUUGUCUAAGGAAUGAAGGGAAUCUCUCUUAGACUUUGGUUGUUAUGAAACACAUUAGGGCUAAGAUAAAUCUUUUGAAUUUUAUCAUCGGUAAGAGGGUAUGUCUAACUGUAAAAUCAUCACCCUUGACUUGCAUAUGUGCCAUUGUCAUGGCUCUCCAGUGUUUAAGUUGCUUGGUGAGGGAAUGGUUAGUGGACGACCAAACUUGAACGUCUUUGUAGAGAGGUGGUAGUUUACUUCUUCUUUUUGAAAUGAUCUGAUGUUAUGCUAGAAGUUGAUGCCUACCUUUCUAUUUAGGUGCCUUGCUUUGAAUUAAUGCCUUAACAUAUUUCGGAGGCAUAUUUUCUAGGACAGUUAUAGCAAACUUUCUUCCAAACAUAUCUAUAUCCUUAAUUUUUAUAAAAAUUACUUGAAAGGAAAAAGGCAUAAUCCAAGUGUAAUUGGGGAGUUAACUCAAUGGUUUCUCCUUCAAAUAAGAACUACAUUGGAUCAUACGAAAAUAAAUUUGGAGAAACUCUACAAAUAUUAUAAACGAGUUGACAUUAAUAGUCAAAUUGUUCAAGCAAAAUUCCUUAUGUAGUUUUGGUUUGAGUCUUCUGCUUUUUGAAAGAUUAGCUAUCUUGAAUCUUUAGGUAACUCUAGCAAGUGAAUUCUUGGAUUGAAAUACAGCCUGAGUUGCCUUUGGGGAUCAUUUACUAGUGGAAUAGAUGAUGAACUAUUAAAAGAUUCUUCAACAAAGUAUUUAUUAAUUUUGAGUGUUGACUUUCAAAUAAGAACUAAACCGGAUCAUAUGAGAAUAGAUCUAAAGAAACUCUGCAAACGUUAUAAAUGAGUUGACAUUGACAGUCAAAUCAUUCAAACAGAAUUUCAUGCGUAGUUUCUCCCUCACACCUGUUACCUCAUUUGAAUUCUUUCUAUUGUGGAAUAAUAGGUAUCCCAAGUAAAAUCCAUGCCAACUCUAUUAAUAUUAUCUUGAGCCAAUUAUUGAAGGAAUUGCUUAAUUAACUUCAAUUUGGCAUGGCCUGAGACUUCUGCUUUUUGAAAAACUAGCUAUUUUGAAUCUUCAAGCAACUUUGGCAAGGGAAUUCUCAAAUUGAAAUAUAUCUUGAGUUGCCUUCAGUGGAAUAGAUGAUGAAUUGUUAGAGGAUUCUUUAAUAAAGUAUUUAUUAACUC